AUGUCAUCAAAAUAUGUUGUUCAAAUUAAUGAUGUUGCAGUUAUAGGUAUAGGUUUUAGAGCACCAAGUGGUUGUUUAAAAAAAUCGAUUUCAAAUACAAGUCAACUAUGGGAAAGUUUAGUAAAAGGUUUCGAUGGUAUCGUAGAAACAUCUGAAAGAUGGUCUGACAAUUAUAGUGUGGUUGGUGAUAUCGUUUGCAAAUAUGCUGGUCUUAUUCCGCUUGAUGAAUGGAAAUCUUUUGAUCCAUUAUUCUUUGGUAUAAACCCAAGUGAUGAACAUGUCAAUACUAUCGAUCCUCAACAAAGAUUGCUGUUAAAGUGUACAUGGGAAGCAUUGGAAGAUAGCGGUAUUGAUCCACUCACAUUAAGAGGCUCAAAUACAAGUACAUUUAUUGGUUCAUCAACUGUAGACUAUGAUACUGCCAAUAAAUCACCUUUUGAUACCCAAAAAAACAUUUUUGGGGGAUCACUUCAUUCAAUAUCAAAUAGAAUAUCAUACUGCUUUGAUUUUCGUGGUGAUUCUAUGACUGUCGAUACAGCAUGUAGUUCAUCAUUAAAUGCAAUUAACCUUGGUUAUAAAUCUAUCAAAUACGGUCAGUCUGAUGUAUCUAUUGUAGGUGGCGUCAGUUUAAUACUUGACCCAAAUACAUCAAAAUCAUUUUCUCAUUUAUCAAUGUUAAGUCCAACUGGAAAGUGUCACACAUUCUCAUCCGAUGCAGAUGGGUAUGUACGUUCAGAAAGUGUCGGUGUUGUAGUAUUGAAGAAUUUAGAACAAGCAAUAAAAGAUGGUAAUAACAUUUACUGUGUUAUCAAAGGUUCAGGUUCAAACGUAGAUGGUAACAAUGAUAAAUCAAACUUUUAUUCACCAUCAAAGUCAUCACAAUAUGAAAAUAUUAAAUUUGCAAUCGAGUCUACCAAUGGUCAAAUCAAAGCAUCCGAUAUCGAUUAUGUUGAAUGUCACGGUACUGGUACACCGACUGGAGACCCAAUAGAACUAGAAGGCAUUUCAAGAAUAUUCAAAGACACAAACAAACAAGUUUUAAUUGGCUCAAUUAAAUCAAAUAUUGGUCAUGGUGAAGCAUCAUCAGGUGUAAUGUCAUUCAUCAAAUGUUGUGUUAUGUAUAAAAACCAAUCUUUUGUUCAAAAUGUCAACUUUAAAUCACCAAACCCAGCUAUUAAAUUCGAUGAGUGGCGUAUAAAAGUUGUAACUGAACCAACACCUUUUUCUAAAAAAAAUACUGUUAUGGCUAUUAAUAACUUUGGUAUAACUGGAUCAAAUUGUUGUAUUAUUUUAUCAGAUUAUAAUCAAAAUACUAGUAUUCAAAAAGAAAAUAACACUAUCAAAAAGUAUUUAAUACCAUUCUCAUCAAACUCAUCAACAUCACUUGAUAAAUACAAACAAAUUAUUAUAGAACAAUCAGACAGAUUAGGUUUUAAUGAAUUUGUAAAAAAUCAAAUCAAAUAUAAAUCAACAUCACUCAUUCAAAGAUCAGUUAUUAUCGCAAGUAAUUGGGAAGAAUUUAAAGAUUCAAAAAAUGAAAUAAAAUCAUCCAAUACAAAUACACUUUCAAACAUUACAGUUAAAAAUAACAAUCCAUUUACGAUUUUUGUAUUUUGCGGUCAAGGAUCACAAUAUAAUAGGAUGGCAUAUGAAAUAUAUGAAAAUGAAAUAAUAUUUAAACAAUGGGUAGAUAAAUUCGACAAUGAGCUAUUCAAAUACUAUGGGUACUCUGUUUUACAAAAACUAAGAUCGAUUGAUGAUAAAGAUAUGACAUCAAUACACGAACAUAUGAUCGCACAACCCUCAAAUAUAAUGAUCCAAGUAUCAUUAUUCGAAUUAUAUAAACACUGGGGAAUCAAAGCAGAUUUAAUUGUUGGCCAUUCUCUUGGUGAAAUAUCAACUCCAUAUUGCUCUGGUAUGAUUGACUUUGAAACAUUAUGUUAUUUAGUAUACCACAGAUCCGUAGCUCAAAAUAAAACAACUGGUACUGGAAGAAUGUUAUCUAUAAAUAUAAGUGCUGAAGAGUAUAUAUCAAACUAUACAUCAAAAUAUCCAACAGUCAACAUUGCUUGCUACAACUCACCAUCAUCAAUUGUAGUAUCAGGUAAAGAGCAUUUACUAAAUGAAAUUGUAGCUGAUUUAAAAUCAAAAGAUAUAUUUUGUGCUAUGCUAGGAACAUUAUCAUCACUCCACACAUCAAGUCAAUUAGUUAUUAAAGAUGAAAUAUGUUCAAUGAAAAUUGAAUCAAAACAAUCAACAACACCUAUAUUUUCAACAGUUACCACCAACUUAUUUAAUCACGACACUAAACCAUUCAAUUCAGAAUAUGUAUUUGAAAAUGUUUUACAACCAGUAAAAUUUUCUCAAACCAUUUCAAACAUAUAUAAAUACAUUGAGGAAAACAACUAUGGUAACGAAGUAACUUUUAUCGAAGUCGCACCACAUCCUACAUUAUCGUUCUAUUUAAAUCAAAUGAAAUCAAUACAAUCACCAUAUUUCAAUAAUGGAGAAAAAAUAACUAUACAUUCACCACUUCACAAAAAGAAAAAUAGUUACAAUGAAUUCCUAAAUAUAAUCUCAACACUUUAUGUAAAGAACUCAUAUAAUAUUAAUUUCAAAUCACAGUUAAAUCAACAAAACCACAGCAAUUAUAUUCAUAAAGUAUUAUACAAAUUACCAUUAUAUCAAUGGGAUGAUAAAUUGUAUUUCAAACAAAAUUCAGCAUAUGAAAGGAUUAAAAAAGAAGGACCUCCAAUACAACAUCUUGGUAUUACAAAUGAAUCACCAUCCAAAUCAUAUCAAACAUAUAUAGAUACUAAAAAACAACCAUUUCAAUGGCUAAAAGGACAUCAAGUAAAAAGUAAAUACUACUUCCCAGGGUGUGGAUAUAUCAUCAAUUUAUUCAACAUUUAUCCAAAUCAAGAUAUUACAAUCAGUUCAAUCGAAUUUAAAACACCAUUAGUUUUACAAGAUGAUGUAAGUCAAUGUCUUCAAACAACCAUUAAUACACUUUCAAAAAAUGAAUACAAUGUCAAAUCACACUUUAAAGAUACAACAACAAAUCAAUGGGUAUUGUGUUCCACUGGUAACUUUAGUCUAUUCAAACAUGGUAACGAAAUAAACCGAAUCAAUGUUGAAGAAAUAAGAAAUAGUUGCUGCUUUACUAAACUAUCAAAAUCAGAACUUUAUGAUUCAAUUAAAAUCAAAACCGGAUUAACAUACAAAGGUUUAUUCCAAGGUGUCAAAGAAUGCUAUUUUGGUAAUAACUGUUCUCUAUCGAUUGUAUCACUAAAUGAAAUUCAAAAUCAAAAUGAAUUCAACCACUUACUCAACAACGAUACAAUGAAUUCAUUCUUUAAUACUGCAAUACUGGAUACAUGUUUACAUGGAAUGCUAGGUUUUAUCGACCAUCAAUGCCAAUUGGUAUUAGAUAAAAUCGAAGGAUUAAAAUAUUUUUCAUCAAACACACCUUCACCAAAUCAACAACAUUCUGAAAUAUAUGUAUAUUCUGAAAUGAAAUCAAGAAUCAGUUUACACUCAUACUCAGGAUCCAUUAAAAUAAUGUUAAAUGAUGGCACAUUAUUAAUUGAAAUUACAAAUAUUAUUUGUACAUCACUUACACCAAUCAUUAACAAUACCCUUAUUAUCCCCCCACCAUCCAACGAAAUCUAUCUGCCAAUCCAACAAUCAAAAGAUUCCAUCAUUAAUAAACCACAAUCGUUCAAACACUUAUGUCAAUUAGAAGAAUUGGUGAUGGAUGAAUUAUAUCUACAAACAGAAUCAAGAGAUCAUUUAUUGUCAUCAUUUUACUACCAUAUUAAUCAAAGACGUCCAACUAUCAACAAUGAAACAUUGACAACAAUGGGUUAUGACCAAUUCAAACAACUAUACCAUAUCGAUAGGGUAAAUGAAAAUUUAUUUUUCUUUAUUUUCGAAAUUUUAAAAAAAUAUAAUAGUUUAGGUAUCAAUAAAGAAUUAUGUGAGUUCCCUGAUGGCAAUAAUGAUAAGCAUAUUAAACUUUUGGAAAAAACAACUAAAAUUAUGGCAAAGCUUAUAUUCCCAUUAGAAGAUGACAAUCCAAAUAUAGACACUCCUCAAUCAUUAUAUGAAGAUGGGUUUUUAGAUCAUAUUUAUCAAAAAUCAAAAUUCCUUUCACCAAUUAAUAAUUUAUUAAGUAAAAUUGUUUCUGAAUCAAUUAAAUUAAUUAUUAAUGAACCAAUAGUUUUCAGAAUAUUAGAAUUUGGAGGUGGUGUCGGCUCACUAUCAAUUUUAAUAUUAGAUAAAAUCAACAAACUAUUAAAUGAUAAUCCAUCAUCAAAAAUUGAUAUAGAAUACACUUGGAGUGAUAUUUCAGCAUCAUUUUUUUCAAACAUUAAAGAAAAACUUUCAAACAUCAAAGGUGUCAAUAUAAUUUAUCGUCUUCUAGAUUUAGACAAAUCAUUAAAAGAUCAAGAUUUAAAAGCAUCCUAUUACGAUAUGGUUGUAAUGUCAAAUGUAUUACAUGUCGUAAAACUACUUAGAUUCAGUUUAAAUGAAAUCCAUAAUAUUUUAACACCAAAUGGUCAAAUUAUUUUUAUAGAACCACCAUACAAAUCAUUAAUUUUUGAUUCUAUAUUUGGUAUAUUCCCACAAUGGUGGCCAUCACAAGAAGAUAUUGAUAUCAGAAAAGAUAGAAGCUGUAUGAAACAAGAAAUAUGGUUCAAAUUACUAAAUGAAUGCAACUAUAAAGAUACAACAAUAUCUGGAAAUGAUAAUGCAUCAUUUUUAAUUCAAACAAGAAAAUCAAAUAUAAAUGAAAUGGUAUUAUUAAAUAUAGAAUCAAUGAAACAAUUAAGAUCUCAUGAUAGUAUUAUAUUAUUUGGAAAUAGUUUAUAUGGUACACAAAUUAAUGAAUCGUUUAGAUCAAAUCAACUAUUAUGUUCAAAAAUAAUACAAAUCGAUAGCUUUAAUGAACUUAACAACUGGAUUAUUAAAUCAAUCGAUUCCAUUAAACAAAGUAAAACAUUAAUAAUCUUUAUGAAAGGAAUAGAUCCAUUAGAUAUCAAUAAUUUUAAAGAAACAACAUUCGAAUACAUUCAAAUAAAUCAAAUAUUACUUAAACAUGAAAUUGAAAACUUUUUUAAACACGUUUUAAUUUUAUUAAACUCAACAUCAAGCAACUAUUUAUCAUCAUCAAUCAAUGGAGCAACAAAAUAUUUUGCAGAAUUUCCACAAUUAGAUUUAUACUCAUUAGAUUUCGAUAAUAUUUCAAUUCAAAAUGAAAAUAUACUAUCACUUAUCGAUAUAUUAAUAAAUCCAAAAACAAAUAUUCAAAGAGAAUUCACGAUUAAAAACAAUACAGUAUAUUAUGAAAGAUACAAAAAGCAAACGAAAAUUAAACAAUUAUUUUCAUCAAAAUCAUUCGAAACAAACAAAGAUGAUUUAAUAGUUCAACUUGAUCUAAAUUUAGAAUACGUAUUAAAAACUAAAAAACAAGAAUUAAAACCAAAUGAAAUUGAAGUUCAAAUAAAAGGUACUGGUAUCAACUAUAAAGACUAUCUUAUAUAUAUUGGUCAAGUAUCAAAUAAUGUUGUUCUCAAAUAUGGCAGAGAAGAAGAAGUUGAAAACGGACUAAAUCAAAUGCCAAAUAUUGGAAAUGAUUUUAGUGGUAUUAUUACUCGUUGCGGAAGUGAAGUAAAGAAAUUAAAAAUCGGUGAUGAAGUAAUUGGAGUUGCCCCAAUGGCUAGUGGAUCAAGCGUUAUAUUGGACUACAAAAAUGUUUAUUUCAAACCAUCAAAUAUCUCACUUAUACAAGCAGCAUCUAUUCCAACAAUUUAUGUUACCUCACUACACAGUAUUUUCUAUAUUGGCAAUUUACAAACUGACCAAACUAUUUUAAUUCACUCAGCUACGGGUGGUGUCGGCCUUUCGUCAUUAGAACUAUUAAAGUGUAAACAACACAAGGGUUAUAUAUUUUUAACAGUUGGUUCAAAAGAUAAAGAAGAAUAUUUAACAGAAAAAUAUGGUUCAUUUAUUACUGGUAUCUAUUCUUCAAGAAAUAAAAACUAUGUUGGUCAAAUUAAAAACAAAUUAAAAGAAUUAGGAUGUGACAAAGAUAAUCAAGGUGUAGAUUUAAUAUUAAAUACAUUACCAUCAGAAUAUAUGGAUUCAAAUUUCCAAUGUUUAAAUACUUGUGGUAGAAUUGUAGACCUUUCAAUUACACAUUUAACACCAAACGACUAUAUCACAAACAAUCACUUUAAAUACAACUAUGGAUAUAAUAAUGUUGAACUUGGAAAAUUUCCAGUUAAAUUGUUUAGAAAUUACCUCAAAAAAAUCAUUGGUUUAGUACAGUCAAAUAAAUUAGAACUAAUUCCAAUCAUUGAAUAUUCAAAUGAUCAAUUUAAAGAUGCAAUUGAAUAUAUUAAUCAAAGACAACAUAUUGGUAAAAUCGUUGUAAAUCAUGACAUAGAUAUGUUAUCAAGAGUAUUAAAUGAACAGAUACGAAAUGAUUUAAUUGUUAUGAAGAACAGCUAUGAUAUAUCAAGAUUAAAUAUUGGUAAAAAUGUAUUAGUAACAGGUCAAACAGGUAUCAUUUUAGAAAUAAUGAAAUGGAUGGUCAAAUAUUCAAACAAAUCAAUUGAUAAUAUUAUAAUUUUAUCAAAAUCACCAUUAAAAUGGGAAUUAGAGUUAUUAAUCAAUCAAACUAAACAUCAAAAAGAUAAUACAAUUAAUUUCCAUUUUAAUCAAAUCAAUGUCGAAGAUAGUAAUAAAGUUCACAAGGUUUUAAACAAUCUAGAAUCAAAUUCAAACAUUACAAAUAUAGAUACAGUAAUACACUUUGCAUUUGUAAAUGAUAUUAGUGAUGUUCAGGAUAUUGAUAUGAAUCGUCUAAAUAGUACCCAUGGUGCAAAAACAAUUGGUGCUUUCAAUUUACAUAAUGAAUCAAUUCAACGUUCAUGGAAAUUAAAACAAUUUAUUUUAGCAUCCUCGGCGGUAUCAAUUACUGGUUCAUUUAGACAAUGUUGUUAUGUUAGUGCUUGCAAUACAAUUGACUCAUUAUCAAAAUAUAGAAAAUCAAUUGGACUACCAUCACUAUCAAUUAAUUUAGGUGCAGUGUCAUCAACUGGAUUUAUUUCAAGAAAUGAUGCAGUCAAAACGAUUCUACAAUCAUCACAGUUUAACUUUACUUCACAACAACAAAUAUUUAGUUCGCUAGAUCUCUUCAUUCAAGAUAAAAACAAUCAUUCAAACUAUUGUUUGUGUAACUUUAAUUUGGAAAAUAUAGUGUCUUCAAAACCAAAUCAUAAUUAUUCUAAACUUGAUUAUCAAUCAAAUAUGGUUAAAAAGUCAAAUAUAUCAUUUGAUGGUGACAGUAGCAAAGAAAAUUUAAAAAUUAAAAUAAUAAAUAAAAUAUGCGAAUUACUUUCAAUUGAAGCGUCAAAAAUCAACUUGGGAAUUCAAUUGAAUCAGUAUGGUCUCGAUAGUUUAGUUAUUGUUCAAUUAAAGAACUGGAUAGAUAAGCAAUUUGGUAGAAAUAUAAUUACAAUACAACAAUUACAAUUCAAUAGUAUAUCCCAAUCACUAGAUAUUAUUAUUAAAAAUUUUAACUAA